CCGGCGCAGCGUGGUCUCCGCACGCCGAUACAGACUACCGAUCCCGGCAUGCCCCACGGCCCAUCACCCAAUCGCGGCGCGCUUUGUUUUGGGGGUGCGGCAGGCGCCGAGGCUCCGUUGCAAGAUGGCGGACGACAGUGAGACAGCAGCGAGGCGGCCACCGACGAGGUGUCCGCGGCCGCCACCGGAGGAGAACGACCACGAGUACUGCAGCGACUGCGAGAACGAGGCGGGGCACGGCUCUAACCGGGGAGGCUUGAGUCCAGCAAAUGACAGUGGAGUCAAAAAGAAGAAAAAAAAACCCAGAAGGAAGAAAGAGAAAGAUCAGCCUAACCAGGCUCAGGACCAGCCAGUGAAGGUGAACUCAUUACCUGCUGAGAGGAUCCAGGAGAUUCAAAAAGCCAUAGAGCUCUUCUCUGUAGGUCAAGGCCCUGCCAAAACCAUGGAGGAAGCCAGCAAAAGGAGCUACCAGUUCUGGGACACGCAGCCAGUGCCGAAGCUAGGAGAAGUGGUGAACACCCAUGGUCCCGUUGAGCCAGACAAAGACAAUAUCCGUCAAGAGCCAUACACUUUGCCUCAGGGCUUCACCUGGGAUGCCCUGGACCUCGGAGAUAGAGGCGUGCUGAAAGAGCUGUACACACUGCUGAAUGAGAACUACGUGGAGGACGAUGACAACAUGUUCCGGUUCGAUUACUCUCCUGAAUUCCUGCUGUGGGCACUGCGUCCUCCAGGCUGGUUGCCUCAGUGGCACUGUGGAGUCAGAGUUGUCUCGAGCAAGAAGCUGGUUGGAUUUAUCAGUGCAAUUCCAGCCACCAUCCACAUCUAUGACACAGAGAAGAAGAUGGUAGAAAUAAAUUUCCUGUGUGUGCACAAAAAGCUGCGUUCGAAACGGGUGGCUCCAGUUCUGAUCCGGGAGAUCACACGGCGGGUGCAUCUGGAGGGAAUCUUCCAGGCUGUUUACACUGCAGGGGUGGUGCUGCCAAAGCCUGUGGGGACUUGCAGGUAUUGGCACCGGUCCCUGAAUCCUCGGAAACUCAUCGAGGUCAAAUUUUCCCACCUGAGCAGGAACAUGACUAUGCAACGUACCAUGAAGCUUUACCGGUUGCCCGAGACACCCAAGACUUCUGGAUUGCGGCCAAUGGAGCACAAAGAUAUCUCUGCAGUGCACAAGCUCUUGACCGAGUACCUGAAGCAGUUCCACCUGACACCCGUCAUGAGCCGAGAGGAGGUGGAACACUGGUUCUUACCUCAGGAGAACAUCAUCGACACGUUUGUGGUGGAGAGCACCGCAGGGGAGGUGACAGACUUCCUGAGCUUCUACACGCUACCCUCCACCAUCAUGAACCACCCAACCCACAAGAGCCUGAAAGCUGCUUACUCCUUCUACAAUGUUCACACAAAGACGCCUCUCAUCGACCUCAUGAGUGAUGCUCUCAUCCUGGCCAAGUUGAAAGGAUUUGACGUCUUCAAUGCACUGGAUCUCAUGGAAAACAAAACCUUCCUGGAGAAGCUGAAGUUUGGGAUUGGGGACGGGAACCUGCAGUAUUACCUGUACAAUUGGAAGUGUCCCAGCAUGGCACCGGAGAAGGUCGGACUGGUGUUGCAGUAGGUGAACCCUGGCCAGGAGAGUGCGGCGCUGCCAAGGAGCCAGUCCCAGCGGCCUCAUCCUUUCUGCUGGAGCCGGACCCACACCGGGAGCGGUGGCACUGACCCUGUCACCUACUGCCUGGAGUCACUGUCCUGCCAGCACCAGCCAUCUCCUUUGUGUUGAUUUAAUUGCAUCCUUGUAAAGACAUGAUCAAAGGAAUGUAACUGCUGAAACUAGCUCAUGAUUGGCGUAUAAUGGAGUUAACGGGUGAAUAAUAAAAGUAUAUAUUAUAGAUAUUUUA